AGCGGUGGUUGGGAGUGUGUUUUAUGUGCCCCAAUAGGUCCAGUUGAAUAAGGCUCCCUGUGUAUGUGUGUGGCUUUGAGCUGUGAGACACGUUCAGACCGACUUGUUCAUAAACAGUAAGGAGUGUGGAUGUGCCCUUGCAUCUAUUUUAUGCGCGUUCACCUGGGUUGAGUCCCCCCCCCCACGCCGGACAGACCUCGUCUGUUUACGGUCCUUGAUCCUGGCAACGACGUCAGCAAGUGUGUCUGACUUCCCGGAGGCGGGGACCACAGAGGAAACAACCAAUCAGCAGGCUGGCUGGAGCGCAUGAGGAGCCGGAUGAUAUAAGAACAGCGGAGCGCGACGGCCGCUUGUCAUUACAGAGGAAACAGACGAAAAGCUCAGUUUGAGAGCAGAAAAGACUCCGACACGCGCGUGGAAUCAAAACAUCCGAAUUAGUCACUGGACUCCGCUUUGAAUUCAACUAAAGGCACAAAUCGACGACUUGGUACAGUACAGUUCCACUAUUUUGGAAGUUUUGCUUUGUUUUUGAUAGCUUUGGUCUUCAGUAUAAUAAUACAGCGGGACUUUGUGCUGGAGAUUGAAUCAAUUGGGACACUAAAGCCUCGGUGUCCACGCAGCAUCUUUGCAGCGCACUCUUGUAUUUGACUUGUAUUUUGAAAUAUGUCCACAAUAAUGGAACAGCCUUUUUAUGACGACUCGUUUCUCUCUGCUUAUGGCCAUCCAGGCGCAGCCCUGCCAGACUACAAGCUGCUUAAGCAGAAUAUGAACUUGAACUUCCCCGAUUCAUAUCGGCACUCUAACUUCAAGCCACAGCACCUGCGCGCCGAUAGCGAUUUCUAUUCGGCCGGGACGGCGGACGUGGGCUCACUGAAGCUCGCCUCUCCGGAACUGGAGCGACUGAUCAUCCAGAACAGCAACGGGGUCAUCACUACAACGCCUACGCCUGCCCAGUACCUCUACAACCGCGGGAUCACAGAGGAGCAGGAAGGCUUCGCUGACGGUUUCGUUAAAGCGCUGGACGACCUGCACAAGAUGAACCAGAUGGCUCCUCCGAACGUGUCCAUCGGCGGCAUUGCCUGUGGCGUCGCUGGCGGGGUCGUCUGCUCGGGUCCAGCCACCGUGUUCGGCUCAUCCAUGCAGCAAGACGCGCUCGAGUACACCACCCUGAGCAGCUGCAACACGAACCCCGGUCUGUCAUCCGCGGCCAGCUAUCCCUCCACCACCAUCAGCUACCUGCCGCACCACCAGUACCACCAGCAUCCCCAGGCCAUUGCGCACGGAUCUCACCACUUCCAGCACUCCCUGGCCGGCGCGGGCAUCCACUCGCAGCGGUACGGCGGGUUGAAAGAGGAGCCUCAGACGGUUCCAGACAUGCUAAGCAGCGACGGGUCUCCCCCGAUGUCCCCCAUCGAUAUGGAGAACCAGGACCGCAUGAAAACGGAGCGCAAGCGGCUGAGGAACCGGCUCGCAGCCUCAAAGUGUCGGAGGCGCAAAUUGGAGCGCAUCUCGCGUCUGGAGGACAAGGUGAAAGUGCUGAAAACGGACAACGCCGGACUGUCAGACACGGCGUCCGUGCUGCGGGAGCAGGUGGCCCAACUCAAACAGAAAGUCAUGACGCACGUGAGCAGUGGCUGCCAGCUCAUGUUGGCGCCCAAAGUGAAGUCUUAUUGAGGAAACCAUGCACUUUAAAAAAAACACUGGACACGAACUGCACUGACAACACAAUGAACAUUGACUUUAUACAUUGUCUGUCCGGGAGAACUGGACCAAUGUGGUUUCUGCUGAAAGAGGCGCAGCAGGAACCACACAAGACUAAAACACUUAGGGCAUUUUUGAAUAAGUUUUUAAAAGUGUCGUCUUGGCUUUGCCUGUUUACAUUUUACUUUAAUUGCGAUCUGUGAUACAUUCUUCUGUAAGUUAUUCGUGUUCGUCAGGCUGAGCCUGAUGAGCCUGUGUUUUUUACUUGUACAGUAUAUAUUUAAGUAAAUGAAAUUAUGAAACUAAGACAUACGUGUUGUUUCUUAUUGAGGUUAUUUAAAACCGUCACAUCUUAGGGUGAUUACGGUAAUUCUCGUUAGCGUGACCACAAUGUUUUCGAUCUGUUGUCAGCAGUUAAGUUUUGCUCGACGUUAGACGUCCCAGCGUAGGAUUGUUUCACAAUUGACGUACAUACGUCAGUCCAUAUAUGGUCACUUUUGCUGUCAAACGUCACACAAUGAAAAGGUUUCCGGGAACUCCCUCCUACAUUACCCGUCAGAAGCACUGCGCUCUCCCCUUGGCACCAGUGUGCGUGCGUGCGUAAAUGAAGAGGCUUAUUUCUGUUAAGGGAGUUUCCCCCUGCUUUCAAUUUCCCAAAACAAGUCCGAGAACACCAGCUCAGAGAAAAAUGGUUGAUAAGUUCCAGACAAGCGGAACAGACUAAGAGUUUGAAAUUACAAGAACUGGCGUCAACAAAAGCAGUUAGAAAUACAUGUUGGGACAGUAGAGGUCACCAAUUACAUGCAGCGUUCACACAGGAAUUACCCAAUAAAUAAAACUACCCAAAAUCAGGUUUAUUUCAUGUGAAUGAUGCAAUCUAAUGCGUUUAAGACGCGAGGCGGACCGGGUGUCUUCCAAUGUUACUGCCUCAGAAGUACAGAAAACAAAGCGUCAUUAUUCUCCAGUGAGAAUGUGGAGCUGUGACAGUCACGCAGGUCUGUUUACGCACAUCCAACAAUCCAAUCUUUCCCAAUCAGCUACAGCGCCAUUUGGCAAUGUCAGGUUGUUGAGCUGAGUCAAACUCAAACUCCAACAUUAACCAACACUUCACCGCCUCGUGACGUACUCAGAUCCUCAGCCAGGCACAGGGCCCGGGGCUGCUACACCAACUUAAUCCCAAACAUGUCUGUUAACAUAAUUCUUCCAAGUUGUUAAAUCACGAACUGGUCGAGAAGACUCAGGAAGAACUACGGCACCCUCUAGAGGGCACACGUGGAACGACGUUCACAUUGACAACACACUUAAGUCACAAUUUAUCCACUGUUUUUAAUAAAGAUGGUAGCAAAUCAUUCAGUUUACAGCAAGGAAAAAUAUUAACUUUUUUUUCUGAAAAUGGAACAAAACAAUAUUUUCAGUGCUUGAGACUACGAGGUCGCCCCACCGAUCGUACACUGGACGUACAAAGAUAAAGACUCGCAACAAAAGAUUUAUCUAACAAGUUUGGACAUUUUGUCAGGUUUAAUACAUUAGAUUGGACGCCAUUAGAUACUGCUUCACAGGAACACCUCGUCUGAAGGCAAGUGCUGCGGUCAGGAAGUCAGCUAGAACACCUUCACUGCUUGGAGAAGAAGGCUUUGCUCUUUUGGAUGUCGGGGAUGAUGGUGUCGCUGCCAGGUUUCCAGCCAGCAGGGCACACUGUGUGGGGAGGCAGUGGGAACAAAGU